GUGAGAGAAUGCCCGGAACAAAGAAAACAUCACCACUUCCAAGCAAACCUACCACCGCGUCAGGACCGAAGCUGCUGAAGCAGAAGGCGAGCCUGGCCAGGCUGCACGGGCUCAGCCGAGCCGACAACCCCGAGGUGACGCUGUCCGCCGACGAGGGGGAGACGUGGCUGAGAGCGAAGCAAAUACUCAAGCCGCAGGACCAAGAGGACCUCAGCGAGCUGGAACUGAAUGAAGAAAUCCAACGUGUCCUCACAGCUAACAAUCCUCAUCUCCAAGACAAUAUGGUUCAAUACAGCUUCAAGGAAGGUAGUUUCGUUCCAGUUGUACCGUCAACGCACGAAAUCGUGUUACUGCACGUAGAAGGAGUGUGUUUGCAUAAAGAUUCAGAAGAAGCGAAACAACAGUUGAAUGCGGAAGGUGGUUCAUUUCCAGAUUACAAAUACUGGGAAGAUCCUGCUGACCAGUACCGAGAAGACGAAGGGACACUUCUACCUUUAUGGAAAUUCUCUUAUGAAAAAACCAAGAAAAAUAACGUGACCUACUUGUGUUGGAACCCGCAGUUUCAUGACUGUUUUGCUGCUGCCUUUGGAAGCUUUGACUUCACGAAGCAAGUGCCAGAAGGGGGAGUUUGCCUGUUCACGCUGAAGAACCCGUCCUACCCGGAGUACGUGUGCGACACGGAGUGCGGGGUGAUGUGCGUGGACGUGCAUCCCAAGUGCUCGUACCUGAUGGUCAUAGGACGAUACGACGGCAACGUCGCGGUGUACGACGUCCACGUGGCGGACAGGGAGCCUCAACACGAGAGCAACUCUGUCGCCAACAAGCACGCGGGCAUCAUCUGGGAGGUGAAAUGGGGCAGAGACAUGCCAGAUGGGGAGCUGAACUUUUUUUCUGUAUCAGAAGAUGGCCAUGUUUACAACUGGGUGUUGAUGCAGAAUGAACUCGCUCGUACAGUUGUCAUUGCGCUGUCCUUGUUGGAAGAGAUCGCUGGUCCUGACGGUUCUUCCAUUCCCAUGACAGCUUGUGGUACGACGAUAGCAUUUCAUCCAUCAAAACGAGAAAUAUUUUUGGUUGGUUCGGAAGAAGGCUAUAUUUUCAAGUGCAGUACAGCAUAUUCAUCAAUGUUUCUGGAUAUUUACAAAGCACACCAUAUGCCUAUAACAAGAAUUGCUUACAACUUGUUUUAUCCUAGCAUAUUCGUCUCAAGCAGUUCUGACUGGAGGGUUAAGAUAUGGGAAGAGGAUCGAAGGGAUCCUCUAUUUAUUUUCGACCUGGGAUCUCCAGUGUGUGACGUGGGCUGGUCGCCAUUUUCAAGCACAGUGUUUGGUGCUGUCACUUCUGAUGGCAAAACACAUGUUUUUGAUCUAAAUAUUAACAAAUAUAGAGCUAUUUGCAUACAGAACAUUGUAUCUAAAAAGAAAAAUCAGCUCACACGAUUAGCUUUCAAUUACAAAGAGCCAGUGCUUAUUGUGGGCGAUGACAGGGGUGGAGUAACAAGUCUGAAGCUCUCUCCAAAUCUCAGGAAAGAAGAAAAACCUUCUAAGAAAGGUCCAACUGUGGAACCACGUCAGUUAGAGAUUAAUAAACUGGAAAAAUUACUGGCUCUUGUUCGUGAUCCCCCUGCUGUUGUCAAAAUGGUUGAUCGUUGUAUUCCUCAAGAAAUAACAAAGUAAUAAAUUUGGACUUUUUUCAGUAUUGGAUUCGACUCAAAUAAUUUAUUGCAUAAAACCUACAGUUUU